UUUCCUCUCAGAUCCGUUCCUUUUUUCUCCGUUUUCUUUGUUCCUGUUUCCGUUUGGUUUUAUUUUCUCUGAUUGCUUUCUCCUUUUAUAUGCUCGCGUUUUGAAAAUUUAUUUGUUUUUCUAUUUUUUCUUUCUAAUAUUACUUCACGUUAUAUCCACACAAUGUAAGGACAUUCAUGCACUUGUACCUGUUAAAUUUUCUGUUGCUUCUCUUUCAUGUCGUUUGGAUUCUGUUUCAAAGUUUGUUGUAUUUAUUUUCUUUCUAUUUUUUUUAGUUGCCUAUGUGAAGCUAAGCGUGGGUUUGAAAUGGGGUUCUCGCUUGCUUGCUUUUUUUUUUUUUUUUCAAUUUUUAGAUAGUGGAAGUAGUAAUGAAGGUUUUAGUAUAUUGUUCUUAAUGAGAUUCAAUUGAAUUUUUCUGUUUUCCUUACAGUGAGUGCUAUUGUUUGGUCCGGUUUUUGGGUCAUUCUGUUUCUUUCUUUAGCUGCAUUGCUGUGAAAAAGAGGAAAAUGGAAAGUAAAUUGAACUUUGGAAAUGAGAGAAUUUAAGUGAAGGAAAUGCUGUUUGUUUUGGUUUAUAUGUUAGAGUGAAAGUUAAAAAUUCAAUUAGGUAGUGACAAUUUUUUAAGAUUAUUUGUAUUUGAGUAGCUGAUGGAAAUUUGAAGUUGUAUUGGUGAUUUGAAUUCAUUGUUGCAGGUGAGGCUGGGGAGGCUUAUGCCCUCACCUGUUGAAAAAUGGAUUUAGAGGAUAAAUUCCUUGCUAAAGUAAUAGUAUAAGCAUGGUGGAGAUUAGUAAAACAUUGUUUAGUUCACUGAUUGGACAAUGGACAUUAGCAAAAAGGUCCUUCUAAUACCACCUUCCCCACCCGGGCAAUUAGUCCUUCCCCUUACAAAUCAUCGAGGUCUGGACCUGCAUUUGUAUCUCCCAAGUAACUACUGGUUUUCCCUGUGAGAACCACAAUAAGUUUCUGGGCUUCAAAGCCUAUCUUCCAGUGUGCAAAGCACCCCUGAAAAAAAUGGGAAUUCAGAUGAUGCUUCAAGAAGUCCAGAGCUCCUUCAAGAGUUUCUGAAAUCUGGACCAAAAAAGGAACUUCUUCGAACUUGCUUUGAUAAGGACAAGAAGCACACAGCUUCAUCUAAGAGCAGGACAACAGAAGUUAUGAAGAUAGGUAAUAAAACAGUGAAGAAGCAGGAGUCAAAAAAAGCAUCUUCAAGUCCCAGUAAUCAGCCUUCCUUUAAGAAGCAACAAAGAAAGGGGGAAAAUCCCAUGCAACUUGUAACUCCUCCUGAGCAGUCAUCAGAUUUUGGAUGUUCAAAAUCUUGGAUAUGUAAAAAUUCUGCAUGUAGAGCUGUCAUAUCCAUUGAUGACACCUUUUGCAAGAGGUGUUCUUGCUGUAUUUGUCAUUUAUUUGAUGACAAUAAAGAUCCUAGUCUCUGGUUGGUUUGCACGUCUGAAACUGGUCAGGGAGACUCCUGUGGGCUAUCAUGUCAUAUUGAGUGUGCACUUCAACGUGAAAAGGUGGGCGUUGUUGAUCUGGGGCAAUUGAUGCAACUAGAUGGUAGUUAUUGCUGUGCUUCUUGUGGAAAAGUUUCAGGGAUACUUGGAUGUUGGAAGAAGCAGCUAAUCAUUGCCAAGGAUGCUCGUCGUGUUGAUGUGCUCUGUUAUAGGAUAUACUUGAGCUACAGGCUACUGGAUGGCACUUUAAGGUUUAAAGAGCUGCAUGAAAUGGUGAAAGAUGCCAAGGCCAAACUAGAAACAGAGGUGGGUCCAGUGAAUGGUGUUUCAGCCAAGAUGGCACGUGGUAUUGUCAGCAGACUCUCUGUUGCUGGUGACAUGCAGAAACUUUGUUCGCUUGCAAUUGACAAAGCUGAUAAGUGGUUGGCUACAAUUUCUAGUGGAAAAUCAAGUUGCAGAGAGGAUUCAUUCCCUGCUGCUUGCAGGUUCUUAUUUGAAGAAGUGACAUCGUCAUCUGUCAUAAUUAUUUUAAUUGAAUUGCCUACCAUGUCAUCUGGUGAUAUUAAGGGCUACAAGCUCUGGUAUUGCAAGAGCAGAGAAGAAACACACACAAAAGAGCCAGUUUGUGUGUUUCCAAGAACUCAGAGGAGGAUUUUGAUAUCCAAUCUGCAGCCCUGCACAGAAUACACAUUUCGAAUUGUUUCAUAUACUGAGGCUGGUGACUGUGGUCACUCUGAGGCUAAGUGUUUUACCAAGAGCAUAGAGAUAAUUCACAAGAAUCCAAGUUCUUCAGCUGCCACAAAUGGCAAGAAGUCAAAUACCCACUUGGGAGGAGGUACUUCUGGUUCAAAAAGAGAUUCUAAAAAUACAAUGUCUGUAAAUUCUUCUGGGUUCAAGGUUCGAGAGCUUGGAAAGGUCCUCCACCUAGCUUGGGCUCAAGAGCAAGGAUGUUUUGAAAGCUUUUGCAGUGCUGAUAUAGAUAUAUGUUGUGGAGCUAGCAAAGUGAUGAAAUCAGAAACUUUAGAAGAUCAAUUGCCAUCUGUUUCACGUGGUCUUGACCUGAAUGUUGUUUCUGUGCCCGAUUUGAAUGAAGAGCUGACCCCUCCAUUUGAGUCUUCUCGGGAUGAAGAUAAUGGGUGUACUUUGGAACAGGCUGUUGAGGUGGAUGAUGAUGCUGCUUCUCAUGAUAUUAAGGAAAAUGGUUUAGCAAGAUCACAUGGUAGUGGUGACUCCCAGACCUGGACUGGUGGGCCAAGCUUAGAAGUGCCGGCUGUUGAUUCUGUCGCAGAACUGCGCAGGAAAAGGGCUGCACAUUCCAAUGAGGAGAUGCAUGACUGUGAUAGCACUCUGAUAGAUGGGUCACCAUUCCGUGUUUCCAAUGGCGCAGGUUGCUUGGAUGAAAACUUCGAGUCCUGUGUGAAGAUAAUCCGAUGGUUGGAAUGUGAGGGUCACAUUAACCAGGAAUUCAGAUUGAAAUUUCUGACAUGGUUUAGUUUAAGAUCAACAGAACAAGAACGAAGAGUGGUCAACACUUUCAUACAAACUCUGAUUGAUGAUCCUAGUAGUUUGGCAGGACAGUUGGUCGACUCCUUUUCAGAUAUCAUAUCCAGCAAGAGGCCAAGAAAUGGUUUCUGUAGCAAGCUGUGGCACUAAAUUGGGACAGGGGAUCGAAAAAUACAGGAUUGAUGUUUACUUCACGAUUAGUUUUUCCUAUGUGACAAACCACUUCUGAUUGUUUUCCCGUUCUUUGUACAGGCAUUUUUUCUUCAUUUAUGUUAUGGACAGGUUGUCCAGCUAAAAGAUGGGUUGCUGAUUACAGAGAUUUUCUUGAAGGCAAUGUCCUUGGAUUGAAGGCUUCAUGCUGUGAAAGGCAUUUGCAUGUGAGACUUCAUCCUGUAGAAGGCAUUUGCAAUUUCUCAGGUCCUGCUAAUUACAUUUGAAGCAGUAGACUUUAGUGAUGAAGAACAUCAAGAUAUUUAUAUAUUUGGAUACUGUUAUUGUUUUGCCUUCUUCAAUUCAAAGAAGGGUACGUUAAUUGAUGGCUGAAUUUAGUGGUUACAUUUCUUCUUUCA